UUAAAGCCAAGAUGAGAAGCCUAACCAUUGUACUUAGCCUUGCAAUUUUCGCAACAGUCCUUGUGAGAAGCAGCGAUGCCGUUGCCUGCACAGGUACGAUAGACGCCACUUGCACGGAUUGUGGUGAUCCAGCCAAUGUAGAUCACGAUGAUUGCACCACUACCACCACAACUACCACGACCACGACCACGACACCAGCUACAACAACAACAACAACAACAGCAGCGACAACAACAACCACCACUUCGUCGCCAAUCGGCAAUAACAGGAAUGUAGUCUUGAGCAAUCUGAGGUACACCAACUACCGACGUCUGCGUGUGAAUGGAGGCAAUGCGGGCACCGCCGGCACUGGAACUGGCAUCGGCACCACAGGCACUGGCACUGGCACUGCCAACAUAAUCAGCACAAAUGGAGUGCGUAACAACCGUAAUAUUAGGCGCAACAAUGGCGCCAAUCGCAAUGGCCGAAAUCGUCGCAAUGGCCGUAAUAACCGCAAUCGCAAUCGCAACGGUCGCAACAAUCGCAACGUUCGCGUUGUUAGAGGUUAA